GCAAAAUUUGUUUCUGUCAAUUGGAAUGAAGUUGAAUUUGAAAGAAUAUAUUUGAAUUUUGUCUUAGCUCGUGGGAGACGCUGAAGCGAGAUCUCAUUUUAGACAGCUUGUUCCUCUGUAUGCAAAGUUGUCCAAGCCAAAGAAAAGAAGGAACUUUCAAAGCAAAGAUAGAUGAAAUAGAUGAGCUUGAACCGCCAGAUUACGAAGUCUCUUCCGUCAGAAGAGAAAAAUUCCAAAGGUACCUGGAGCAAAGUGUUCAGUUGAAUACCGUCAACGAACCGUCACAGUUGUGCCAUUCAGACCUGGAGUGUAAAGAAAGUAACAAUUUUGCUGUGCUUAACUCUCUUUUCCACCAGCUGUCAUUCUCUGGAAAGGUUUCGGAUUUCCAGUCAACUUCUGAUUCGUCCAACGUAAGUGUUGAACAACGAAGAGAAAAGCCCUCUGCGAGAGUUUCUUUAUUGGAAAAGAUGGCAGCUCUUCUUUGCGGCGUAGAAGUUAGUUGGAAAUACAGGAUUCUUUGGAAGAAUAGAGCAAAACUGCUAUUAGACGAAGGUUUAGAAAAUAUAUUAUUGGAACCUUUAAACGGAGGGAACACGAUUGUUCGUGUGAUCCCAUUUGAGAAUAUUUUGUAUUUUGAACACAAGCAAAAUUAUGUUUCAUUUUCAUUGAAAUGGGGAGAAAAGAUACGGUUACUUUUCAUAAAGGAAGAGAAUGCCUCAUAUUUCUAUCAUUCAUUGGUUAGGUUGCUUUCUCAAAGCCUUAAGUCAGAAGAUUGUAAGAAAUCUCAUAUGAAUAGUUUUUCGGAGUGGGUGGAUGGCAGUUGGAAGAACAAACCAUUGCUUCAAAAGCGAGUUCUCAAUCAUGAUAUUAUUCUAUUGCAGAAGAUUGGACAAGGCAAAUAUGGAAAAGUGAAAUUGUCCUUUUCUAUUCGUCGUAGAAGAUUUGUUGCAGUAAAGAAAAUAUACAAACAGAAGCUACUAAGCUCUUUUCAGACGAAGACUGGCGUGGAGAAAUUGUUGACUGAAUGCAAAGUCAUGAUGAAACUUCGCCAUCCAAAUAUUUUGAGAUUGUACGAACUGUACGAUGACCCAAAACUAAACUGUUUCUAUUUAGUGAUGGAGUAUGCAUGCCGAGGACCCAUAAUGCGUUUACAAGACAACCGAAAUGUUACGACUUUAAAGGAAGAUGUAUUGAGAAGAAUAAUAUUUCAGGUUGUUCAGGCCUUGUGUUAUAUACAUAGCCAAGGAAUAACGCAUAAUGAUUUGAAGCCUGAUAAUAUCUUAAUGUGCAACAAUCUUGUGGUAAAACUUGGUGACUUUGGUGAGAGUGACUACUUUUCAGAUUCGGAGAGCAACAAUGAUUGGCCUACAAGGUUACAAGGAACACCAGCAAUGUGUGCUCCGGAGCUUUGUUUAACUUCAGACAAAUGUCCCUCUACAAGUUUUCAAUACCGUUUUGCACCAGAUGUUUGGUCAUUGGGAGCUACAACCUUCUUUCUUGCUACUGGACAUAUUCCAUUUGAGGGACAAAAUUUGUUUGAAAUGUACGAGUUCAUCUGUGUAAAGCCUCUUAUAUUUCCACAAAGUCCCAGAUUGUCAGAUAGCCUGCAAAGCUUUAUUCGGCAUGCAAUGACAAAGGAUCCUCCUGGAAGACCCACUAUAUUUGAACUUCAGGAGCAUCCUUGGUUACAAGCUUCCAUUUCUCAUGACAAGAAAAGAUAAAUAGGUUCCAACUAUAUUAUGAAACAACAACGAAAAGAUAAACCAUGAACAGAACAACUCAUUUAUCUUUCUUUCCAUCGCCAUAGUCCGCGUUCGCCCGUUUGCUAUUCGCUGACAUAA